CAUAUAUUGAAUAAUCACUCCGUCCAUUAGUUUUAACAUUUCGUUGUAGGGCACAGUCCCAAAAAUGAAGCAGAUCCAAAUCUUAAGUGGACCACCCCACAAGAAGUACUAGUCAUUGAAUCCCACCAUUUAAAACCUCUUCUGGGCCAUAGGAAUUUUUUAACGGUGGACGUUAAAAACUUCUUGUGUUCUGUGUGACCUUAUCAACAGCAUGGAUGGAAAAUAAAUAUUAUGGUAGGCCCUAGGAAUUUUUUUGAUGGACGUUCAAUGACCACUCUUUCUAUGGUGUGGUCCACUUGAGACUUGGAUCUUCUUAAUUUUACAAAAUAUGUCCUAAAAUGAUCUGGAAAAACUUAUGGACGGAUUGGAUAUACAAAAAAUACAUCAUGGUGGGCCCCACCGUCAGGGACUCACCAACUAAGCUGUUACCCCGGACUCACCAAAUCCGCCCCCGAGAGGGAGAGCGGGGGAAUGCAUGAAUGGCCGCUCUUUUCAAAUUCAAACGUCUUCUCCUUCAUAAACAUAUCAAUGGCUGUCGGUACAUCAUCCGAACCCUUCAUCAUACAUCACCAACGGCUACGAAUCCCCGAAAUCUCCAUCUUCUACUUAAUGGCGCUGAUUGUGGGGCCCGCUUGGAUGCCUACACCAAGGCUCGGUCCCUCCAAAAUGGCAAGCAGCUCCACGCAUACAUGCUCUACUCUGGCCUCCUCAACAGCACGACCCACCACCACCUACGCUCCAAACUCGCUGCCAUGUAUGUGAUCUGUGGGGCCACCGAUCAUGCCCGUCGGAUAUUCGAUGAAAUUCCGAAGAUCACGAUAAGCACGUUCCUGUGGAAUACCAUGAUUAGAGGUUAUGCUCAAAAUGGUAGAUCAGAGGAUGCAGUCUUUAUGUUCGAUGAAAUGCUCUCUUCUGGUCGGCAGCGUCCGGAUAACUUUUCAUUCCCUUUUGUUCUCAAGGCCUGUGCUGAUCUGUCGCUGUUGAAAUUGGGUAUGGAAAUUCAUUGCCAAGCUGUGGUUGGUGGAUUUGGAGGUGAUGCCUAUGUGCAGAAUUCUCUCAUUGCCAUGUACAUGAGCUGUGGAGAAAUAGAGAUGGCUCGGGUGGUGUUUGAGAAGAUGCCUGAACGGACCGUGGUCUCUUGGAACACCAUGAUAGCUGGGAGUUUCAAGAAUGGAUUCAGUGAGGAAGCCCUGGGGCUUUUCGACCAGAUGAGAGAUGCGGGUGUAGAAGCUGACUGUGCGACUGUUGUAUGCCUGCUGCCAGUAUGUGCUCAUUUGAAGGACUUGGCCCGGGGUAGAAGAGUCCAUGAUUUGGUUGAUGAGAUGGGGUUUGGGAGUCAUCUCGCGGUGAGGAAUUCGCUGGUGGAUAUGUAUGCUAAGUGCGGUAGCUUAGUGGAUGCACGCAGGGUGUUUGAUGAAGCCUGUGAGAAAGAUGUGGUCUCAUGGACGGCCAUGAUUGGAGGAUAUGUCUUGAAUGGUUUUGUGCAUGAAGCAUUGAUCCUUUCUCAUCUGAUGAUGCAGUUGUCAGUAAUCAGGCCGAAUUCAGUGACUUUGGCUGGUUUGCUGUCGGCUUGUGCGGGUUCAUCUUCUUUAAAGCAUGGUAAGUGCAUACAUGGAUCAGCUAUUAGGCAUGGGCUCCAAUCUGAUGUUGUUGUGGAGACUGCGGUGAUUGACAUGUACAUGAAAUGUGGCUGCGUGGAUCUUGGAUACCGAGUGUUUGCAAAAGCUUCAAGAAGAACAGCCCCAUGGAAUGCGAUUUUGUCUGGUUACAAUCGCAAUGGGUUAGCAAGAGAAGCAAUAAUGCAUUUCAAAUUGAUGCAGAUGGAAGAAGUUUACCCUGAUGCAGCAACCAUGACAAGUCUCCUUCCCUCUUAUGCCAAUUUAGCAGAUUUGCAGCAAGCAAUGAAUAUACAUGGCUACUUAAUUAGGUCCGGAUUCCAUGAAAGGGUUGAUAUAUCAACGGCUUUGAUUGAUGUCUACUCAAAGAGUGGGAGCCUUGAUUAUGCUAUCAAUCUCUUUGAGAGGCUGCCCAACAAGGACAUUGUCUCUUGGAGUGCAAUCAUAUCUGGGUGCGGAAUGCACGGGCAUGGUAGAGCUGCCAUUUUGCUUUUCAAUGAGAUGAUGCAAUCUGGGGUGGAACCAAACCAAAUCACAUUCACCUCCAUGUUGUAUGCGUGCAGCCAUGCUGGUUUAGUAGAUGCAGGAUUGCAUUUCUUCAACAGCAUGGUGGGGAAUCAUCACAUGAAACCACGUUUGGAUCACUAUGCGUGUAUUGUCGAUCUUCUUGGUCGUGCAGGCCGGCUUGGGGAAGCACAUGAGCUGAUUAAAACGAUGCCGUUUGAGCCCAAUCAUGCAGUGUGGGGAGCAUUGCUUGGUGCAUGCGUAAUACAUAAGGAUGCUGCCUUAGGAGAGGUUGCUGCUAAGCAUCUUUUCGAACUAGAGCCAGAGAAUACUGGGAACUAUGUAUUACUAGCGAACCUUUAUGCUUCAAUGGAGAGGUGGGAAGAUGUUGAGGCUGUGAGGAAUAUGAUGAGUAAAAGAGGAUUGAAAAAAACACCUGGGUACAGCUCAAUUGAAGUUAGGAAUACAGUGCAGGAUGUGCUUCCAAGAUUUCUUGAUGUGGGGGCAUUUUCAUGACUCUGUUACUCGUGCUUGUGUUGCCAUCUCUUACUGCAGCAGCCAAAUCCAGCCCAAGUGGGCUGGGCUCUGGGUGUAUGGGGCCAGCCUGCCCAUUUUCAUCCCUAUUAUCCACAGGGAAGAUGAGUUCACGAGAAGG